ACUGACACGAGGCGAUCAACAUCCCAGUCCCUUGGAAACGGGCUGCUUAUUGCCUCCCCGGCAUCAGCACCCCGCUUCAUCGUUCCUUCUCCCAAACCCCCAUCUCGCCUCCCAUGCCGUCCGCGACCGCGCUACUCGCUAUGCUCUCGAAUACGCGCGCGCUCGACGUCGCGACCGUCGCGCUAAAGGGCGCGGCGGUCGUCGGCUCGCUGCUCUUUCUCCGCGGCGCUGCUUACCUGUUUAACAUGCUGGUCCUCGCGCCGCCGUUUGACCCGUUGCGCAAACUCCCUGGCCCCAAGGGCACCGCCCUCCAGAACCACUUUCGCCAGGUGUUGGACCCGCAGAUAUCGGUGUUGACGCAUAGGCAGUGGACGGGGAGGUACGGGAAGAUGUUCAGGUUCCAUGGGUUUGGGAAGCACGACUAUCGCCUGAUGACCUUCGACCUCCGCUCUGUUUCGCAUAUUCUCAACAGCCCGAUCUACGAAAAGCCCUGGCAGACGCGCUCCCUUUUCACCAUGUUCAUGGGUCGAGGCGUGACAUCCCUGGAGGGCGCCGAGCACAAACUGCAGCGCCGGGUCAUGAGCCCGGCAUUCUCGCUCGCGACGACGCGCGCCAUGCGCCACAUCUCGCUCUUCAAGGCCGCAGAGCUGCGUGACCGCCUCCUUGGGGAGGUGCACCCCGCCUCUGCGGAGAAGGCUAGCAGCGAGCCAAUUGACAUCGCUCAUUGGAUCUCGCGCGCCGCAUUCGAUGUUCUUGGCCUGGCUGCGUUCGACUACUCGUUUGACGCCCUCAAGGACGAGACGGAGCCCGUAUACCGCGCGUAUCGCAGGAUGUUCAAUUUGAUGGACAACGGGACGCAGUUUGGGAUGCUGAAGGACCUGUUCUUCCCGUGGAUUGGGGAUAUCUUCCCCGACGAGCGCCGGCGAACAUUGAACGAGUGUCAGCGCAUCGUUCGGUCGGCAGGGCAGAAGGUCAUCGACGCGAAGAAAGCCGCCAUCCUCGAGGACAAGAUGCCCUGCGAGGAUGGCAAAGACCUACUCAGCCUGAUGAUCAAAUCCAACCUCUCCAAUGACCCCUCGAAACGCAUGUCGGACGCGGACCUGCUGGACCAGAUCACCGCGUUCAUCUUCGGCGGGUCCGACCCCACUUUCCUCGCCAUCGCCUGGUGCCUCCACAUGUUGUCGCAUCACCCGCAAAUCCAGGAGCGCCUGCGCCGCGAGCUUGAGGAGAUGGUCCCCGCGUCGCCGGUGUGGACGGAGAAGAGCAUGCGCAGCGACGACAUCCCCGACUCAGGGUUCGAGGAGGUGUUCCCGGCGGGCGCGGCGCAGCCAUCGGAAGGGGCGGUGCGCGCUACGUGCGAUGCGAUUGAGCGACUGCCCUACCUGGACGCUGUGGUCCAGGAAAGCCUGAGGUUAUGCCCGCCGUUCCAUGGGACGAUCCGGGUGGCGACGCAGGAUGAUGUGAUCCCGGUUUCGUCCCCGGUGGUGUUGAAAGACGGGACAAUCAUUUUGGAGGGCGAAGGCGUGGAGAUAAGGAAGGGCAGCUACAUUCAUAUCCCCAUUGAGGGUUUGAAUCAACAUGAAUCUAUCUGGGGGGUUGAUGCGAGGGAUUUCAACCCCGAUCGCUGGUCAAAUCUGCCCGAAACUGCACGCCGUCAUCCAGGCCUCCAGAACCUAAUGACAUUCUCCUUUGGUCCCCAUUCAUGUCCCGGCUUCCGCUUUGCCAUAUCACAAAUGAAGAUCUUCCUCGCGACGCUCCUCCCCCACUUCACAUUUAAGCCCGCCGACGGCGUGAAGAUCGUCAAGUACAACUCGAUCGUCACGAAGCCGUACGUGUCGGGGAAGUGGGAGCUCGGGAUGAAGAUGCCCAUGGUGGUCGAGCCGAGGGAAAACAGAGAAGACGACGCGUGAACGACUGCUCACGCACAUAUACGAUGAGGACCCCGGCGGGGCGGGGCUCCUGGAUGCCCGCUCGCCGCGGCGCCGUCUGCCGGCAGGGCGACGGACCGCGGGGCGCGCGGGCGUGGACGAUUGGCUGUAUUUUACUACUAACAACAACAACAGCAACAGGAAAGCGGGCUGCGUACCCACAUCACGCACCGCACACAUAACAGACUCCCUACAUUCCCGAGUCCUGAUGAAGAAGACGACGCGCCACGCUGUAACGACUGACUUAUUCUUGCACCUGUAUUUGUACGGACACGGUUACUCUAUGCCUCUUGUACUCGUUUACUGUCGCUCUGUUGCUUUUGCUCUCGUAUUUUACCCCCAUGUAACGCUGCAUCUUAGGAUAGAUAGAUAUGCCCCUAUGCCACACACACUCCAGCUUGUCAGACGACGCCC